GAAGCAGCUAAAAACAACGCUACGGUGCAGGUCUUUCAGUGUAGUUAUUUCUUGUCACGCUUCAGCCUUGGAAAAUAUUUGUUUGUAAGUUCGAUUCAAGCAUUUAGCUAAUGAUGAUAAUUUUGUUAUUGAUAGAGUUUCUUACAUAUCAAUGUUGGUUGGUUGCAUUUACUCACACAAAUUGCAAUGCCUUUCAUGUAUGAUGUUAGCUGUAUUACUUUGCUCGUGCGUCAUGCAAACGAAUUGUAAAAUAUACAAUACUGUAUUUUUGUUACUGUUUCUAGUGUAAUAUGCUUUGUUAUUCUACAUAGAUGGUUGUACAUUAUUAGAGUAAUGAAAGGAGUUAGUCAAUUACCAUUAUGAGAAAGCAAUUAGCUAUAUGGUUUGGCAUCAUGCCAGAUGCAUGGUACCGUAGCACGUGCUUUGUAUUCAUGCAACUUCAAAUGUAUAAUGUACAGCUACAGUAUGUUGGUGUGAAUUGAAUACUAAAGUAUAUUCUUUUCUGUGUUUUGCAGUUUUACAACAUAAACGUUUUCAAUAUAUUCAUUCAAGAAAAGUCAUGCCUUGGGAGUUUUAUUGAAGACUUAGUUGUUAGCUAUCUGUCUAGUUUUGCAUGGGAACGCAACUCAAGGGCAGAAUAGUAAAAAAAACAUCAUCACGGCGGGCUCAAGCUCAAGAAUAACCACACACGGUGGUUUUGUUUCUACAUUCAUCAGCCAACAAAGCCUCUGUUCCUGUGGAAGACCAGCAGUCUACGGUACAACAACCAGAGCCAGGAGUUCGACAGAGAGAGAUGGAGGAGCCUCUUCAGCACAUUGGGACCAAGUCUCAAUCUACAAGAUCAAGGUCAUCAAAACAGUCAAGCAGAUCCUCAACGGCGAGUUCUGCAGCCAUCAAAGCACGCGCCAAGGCAGACGCAGCGUGUGCACAAGUCUCCUAUGCUGAGAAGGAAGCUUCUGUGAUGAAACAAAAGGCAGAAAUAGAGGCCAGCUUGUUGAAGCAAAAAGCUGACCUCGAGGCAAGUUUAUAUGUUCUCCAAUUUGAGAGAACAGCUGCUGCUGCAUUGGCUGAAGCUGCAGCCUUUGAAGAAGCUGUAGAAUCAGAACUCAGAGAGCUUCGCAAAGAACUAGACACAGGGACACAGCCCUUAAGUCCAGGCCAGCGUACCUGUGAGUAUGUGCAACAACAUGCUAGGCCCUACUUUGCUGAACUUCCAUUUGAAGUGGAGAAACAAGAGCUUAGUGUUGACCCAGCUACAUGCCAUAAUCCAGAAAGUAGCAAACAACAGAGCAUGAGCAGAGACUCUCCGUUCAAAAGAAAUGAACAGCAGCAUGGUGUAAAUGGAAAACAAGCCCACUUCCAGUCACAUACACAAAGCGUCCCUGAGUCACAAGUGGUACCAGACCUCAUCAAGUACCUCCUGCGCCGUGAGAUGGUGAGUUCCGGACUCCUGAAGUUUGAUGAUCGCCCUGAAAAUUAUUGGGCAUGGAAAGCAUCCUUUCUCAAUGUGACCAGAGACUUGAAUUUAUCAGCCAGGGAAGAGUUAGAUCUAAUUACCAAGUGGCUAGGGGCAGAGUCGUCUGAGCAAGCAAACAGAAUUAGAUCUGUCCAUAUUUUCAACGCAACAGCAGGGCUUAACAUGGUCUGGCAACGACUAGAAGAGUGCUAUGGUACACCCGAAGUGAUCGAGAAUGCACUGUUGAAGAAAACUGAUGAUUUUCCAAAACUGGCUAACAAAGACAAUCACAAACUAAGAGAACUAGGUGACAUUCUUCUCGAACUGGAGUGUGCUAAAGUAGAAGGGUACCUUCCAGGCCUCGCUUAUCUGGACACAUCUCGGGGGGUAAACCCUAUAGUAGAGAAACUUCCAUUCAGUUUACAAGAAAAAUGGAUUGCACAGGGAUCCAAAUACAGGGAGGACUAUCGGGUAGCAUUCCCACCAUUCUCGUUCUUCUCGAGAUUCAUCAGGAACCAGGCAAAAACUAGAAACGACCCCAGUUUCACCCUCUACACCUCAACUAACCAGGUGUCUAUGAAAAGUGAGAAACCUGCCAGGUACAGCAGCAAGACACCUGUGACUGUAUACAAAACCGAUGUGUCAUCUGAGCCCUCAGACCACCAAACCAAACCCAGUAAGACAAAGAUUGAAAACCCUGACCAUCACUGCCCGAUACAUAACAAACCUCAUCCUCUUAAAAAGUGUCGUGGGUUUAGAUACAAAACUCUAGAUGAGCGCAAAUCAUAUCUCAAAGAGAAUGGAAUUUGUUUCCGAUGUUGUGGGUCAACUCAGCACAGAGCUAAAGACUGUAAGGUGUCAAUCAAGUGCUCUGAGUGCGACAGCGACAGACAUCUUGCUGCUCUGCAUCCAGGCCCAGCCCCUUCAAAUACAGACACUGCUACAGCAGAGAAAGAGCAUGGCGGGGAGCAAGGUGACGAUGCUCUUCUAUCUGUCACCUCAAAGUGUACGGAGAUCUGUGGUGAGGCAGUUAAUCCAAGAUCAUGUUCAAAAAUAUGCCUAGUUAAAGCUUAUCCGGCUGGGAAAAGAGAGAAAGCUGUCAAAAUGUAUGUAGUGCUUGAUGAACAGAGUAACAAAUCUCUGGCCAAGACAGAGUUUUUCAAUCUCUUCAACAUCAAUGACAACUCUGCUCCAUACACCAUGAAGACCUGUUCUGGGGUAACAGAGACUUCUGGCAGGAGAGCCGUCAACUUCAUGGUGGAGUCUAUAGACGGACACAUGCGGCUAUCUCUCCCUACUCUGAUAGAGUGUGAUAUGAUGCCAGACGAUAGGACGGAGAUUCCCUCCCCUGACAUUGCGUAUCAUCAUCCACAUCUGCAACCAGUUAUGGACAAAAUUCCAGCUGUGGACCCAGACGCUCCCAUCCUCCUGCUCUUAGGACGAGACAUCUUAAGGGUACACAAGGUACGAGAGCAAAUCAAUGGGCCCCACGACACUCCUUAUGCACAGCGACUCGACCUCGGGUGGGUCAUCGUGGGUGAGGUCUGUUUGGGAACAGCUCACCGACCAGCCAAUGUUAACGUGUUCAGUACAAACAUACUUCAAAAUGGUCGCACAUCCUAUCUGAGCCCUUGCCCUGACAUCAUCCAGGUAAAAGAGAACUACAACAGCGUAGCUCAGAAACACAUCUCUCCCUCUACAGUGCACUCGAGAGAUCCGAGCACAACUGUGAACACAGACAGCAUGGGAUGUUCCGUGUUCGACAAAACACAAGACGAUGAUAAACCAGCACCAUCAGUGGAGGACAAAGCCUUUUUGGACAUUAUGGACAAACAGGUUUUCCAGGAUGAUGGAAACAACUGGGUGGCUCCACUACCCUUUCGCACCACUCGACGUCGCCUUCCUAAUAACAGGGAGCAGGCCAUAAACCGUCUCACAACACUUCGCAGGACUUUAGACAAAAAGCCUGACAUGAAGCGUCAUUUUAUUGACUUCAUGCAAAAGAUGCUGGAUAACGACCAAGCCGAACCUUCACCGCCACUAGAGGGAGACAAAGAACGUUGGUAUCUGCCCAUAUUUGGUGUUUACCAUCCACAAAAGCCUGAACAAAUAAGAGUAGUAUUUGACUCCAGUGCUAAGUGUCAAGGCGUGUCACUUAACGAUGUUCUGCUCAGUGGUCCAGACUUAAACCACACACUCUUGGGUGUCCUAAUGCGCUUCCGCAAGGAUUGCAUUGCACUAACAGCAGAUGUGCAACAAAUGUUUUACUGUUUUGGUGUACGUGAGGAUCACAGAGAUUACUUAAGGUUUCUCUGGUAUGAAGACAACAAUCCAGAUAGAAACAUAAUUAAGUACAGGAUGAAAGUCCAUGUAUUUGGGAACAGCCCUUCACCAGCCGUAGCCAUCUACUGCAUGAGACGCGCAGCGCUACAGGGUGAGAAGGAACACGGAUCAGAACCCAAGCAAUAUGUAGUGAGGAACUUCUACGUCGAUGAUGGGCUGACAUCAGUAGCUACUACAGAAGAAGCUAUCAACAUUCUAAGAAAAACACAAGCAAUGUUGGCGGAGUCCAACAUGAAACUACACAAGAUUGCAUCCAAUAGCAAAACAGUUAUGGAAGCCUUCCCUAUGGAGGACCGUGCAAAAGACUUAAAAGAUCUGGACCUAGGAGUGGAUCCUCUCCCCUUUCAAUGGAGUCUAGGACUUUCCUGGAACCUGGAAACAGACAGCUUCUCAUUCCAUGUGUCCCACAAUGAGAAGCCUUUUACGCGGAGAGGCAUCCUGUCCACAGUGAAUAGUCUUUAUGACCCCCUUGGGUUCGUGGCUCCAAUAACAAUGCAAGGUAAAGCCUUAAUCAGAGAACUCUCUUCUGAUCAGAGUGAGUGGGAUGCCCCUCUUCCCCCAGAAAAAGAAGAGAAAUGGAACAUGUGGAAGGAAUCUUUGAUGGAGUUGGAACAUAUGUAUAUUCAGCGGACCUACAUCCCAGUCUCCUUGUCUACCACUCAAAGAAGAGAGCUACACAUCUUCUCGGAUGCCUCUACAGUAGCCAUAGGAGUAGAGUAGCCUACCUGAGAGUUAUUGACUCGGAAGGUCAAUGCCAUGUUGGAUUUGUCAUGGGGAAAUCAAAAUUGGCCCCUCGUCCGGCCCACACUAUCCCACGCCUAGAACUGUGUGCGGCUUUGCUAGCUGUUGAGAUGUAUGAACUGAUCAGAGACGAAAUUGACAUUGAUGUAAAUGCGGCCAAGUUCUACACAGACAGUAAGAUAGUUCUCGGUUACAUCCACAAUGUCACCAAAAGAUUCUAUGUGUAUGUUGCCAAUAGGGUAACUCGCAUCAGGAAGUCUACCCAUCCAGAUCAGUGGUGUUAUGUAAACACUGACAGCAAUCCAGCAGACCAUGCAACCAGGCCUAUACUUGCUGCGCUCUUAAAGUACACCAGUUAUUUCUCAGGACCACCUUUCCUGACCCAAACAAACUCAAGUGAGCCUGAGAACAUAAAAUUUGACCUUGUAGAGCCUCACGCAGAUGCAGAGAUUCGACCAGACGUCACUGUCUUCGCCCCUAAGGUUUCUGGAGCUCAACUCGGCUCUCAUCGCUUUGAGAGGUUCUCAAGCUGGAAAGCUCUCAAUCGAGCCACAGCACGACUCAUUCAUGUUGCCAGAUCCUUCCACGGAGGUGCGGACAACACCAGCUGCAGAGGCUGGCAUGACUGUAAUAAACCAUGCGGUACAAGUGAGUUGUCACAAGCCAAAACAGCAAUCCUUCACUGUGUGCAACAUGAAGCCUUCAGGGAGGAAUUCAAAUGCCUUGAAAAAGGAAAAGAGUUCCCUAAACAAAGUACACUCAAUGUUACUGACACAGAAGACCAGCGCUACCUCAGCCCCUUCUGGAUACUUCAGCAUGAACGACCUUCAUGGAAAAAAGUGGAAGCAAGUCCAGUGUCUCGCUGACACCUUUUGGAAAAGGUGGAGACAGGAGUACCUGACAACGCUGCAGAGACGCAGAAAAUGGACAGUAGAAAAGCCAAAUGUAAAAGUGGGAGACGUUGUCUUAUUGAAAGACAGUCAGGCACACAGAAAUGACUGGCCAGUCGGGCUUGUGGUCAAAACCUUUCCCAGUACCGACAAAAAGGUUAGGAAGGUAGAACUAAAAAUUGUCAAGCAAGGAGCUGCUAAAGUGUUUCUGAGACCAAUCUCAGAGAUUGUUGUUCUUCUUUCUGAAGCAUCCUAGAGACAAAAGAUACAAAUAGAAAGGACAUUAUUUGUUUCUUGAUAUGUUUUAUUUCAUAGUGGCACAAUUUCAUUAUACCAGGCGGGGAGUGUGCUGCCAUCCUGUUAGAAGGUAACAGAUUAUUUUAUAACAAUGGUUAAGAUGGAUUUACAUUGUGUUCCAUGGUGUUAUUUGCCCCCUAGUGGAGCUUUCUGGUACUUAGACUGUACGCAAACAGGAAGUAGAGAAUUCGUUCUGCACGCAUAGAAGCAGCUAAAAACAACGCUACGGUGCAGGUCUUUCAGUGUAGUUAUUUCUUGUCACGCUUCAGCCUUGGAAAAUAUUUGUUUUUUUACAACAUAAACGUUUUCAAUAUAUUCAUUCAAGAAAAGUCACGCCUUGGGAGUUUUAUUGAAGACUUAGUUGUUAGCUAUCUGUCUAGUUUUGCAUGGGAACGCAACUCAAGGGCAGAAUAAGGCGUGCGUCCUUACUCAACAUUGACAGGAGUGUUUCAAACAAAAUACAAUUAAUAAAUUGACAAAUCUUGCGAAGUAAGGUCUGGGUGGUCUGCCAGGGGCCGUUUCAUUUAGUAUCCGUUUGGGUCGGCAUGGGGAAUGAUUGUAUUUUCCCAUAGUAUGUUUUACCGAAGUUGACCGACUGAAAGGGAGUGCAACUUUAUGACUGUUGGAUUCGGGCUAAACUUUGAACAUUGAGAUAAUAAAGACAUGAUAGAUCAGAUGCAGUAUAUAAAUGAGUGAGAUCUGUAGAAAGACAGAGUGGCUGUGGAAUGUGCUGGGUGGACGGGAGGAGAUCACAGGAUUGCUAUAGGGGAAGCGGAUGGACAUCUAUGGAUUAGGCGAAGGAGGGGUUGAGGUCAGGUCAGAUCCCCUGAAGGGAGUAAUAAGGGUUUAGUAUCCUGUUACCCUCUUCCUGUCGACCCAGAAGAUGUAAGGAUUGGAGAGAAGGAGGAGUGUCCAAAGUGGGGUAUAUAUAUACUUGUGAUGGUGAGCACAUGUUUUUGUCUGAACUACGGCUGUAACGACCCUUUGGGAAGAAUUAAACUUGGUUAAGCUUCUCUAGUGUCUGUUAGUUAUUUACUCUGAAA